CCCAAAUCUAAUAGAAAAGCUCAACUCUCCAAAAAAAAACAUCUUCUCUCUCUCUCUCUCUCUCUCUCUCUCUCUCUCUCUCUCCUUAUCCUUUUAUUACACACUCACUCACACACACAACACAACGGUACAAAACCUUCAACAACCAAAAAUAUCUCAAACUUUUCUCUCUUCUACUAAAAAUCAUCCUCUUCUUCCUUUCCCUUAAAACCAAAAUCAAUCAUUUUUACACACUCCAAUAAAAAAUUUCCCAAUUUCCACAAAACCCUAACCCUAUGGAACUUUCUCGUCUCUCACUUUCCCACCCUCCAAUUGCUCCUCCUCCUUUCUCCCACCAUCUUCCCGCGUUACCCACAUUCUUCACCAACCGCCGUCGCCGGAGAGCUUUCUGUUCCGCCUCCAACUCCGACACUUUACUUGCCGCCUCCGCAGCCGCCAAGAAGCACAAGGAAGAUGACGGCGACUUGAAGGCGUGGAUGCAUAAACAUGGCCUCCCUCCUUGUAAGGUUGUUUUGAAGGAGAAACCUUCGCUUCAUGAUAGUCUUAAGCCUAUACACUAUGUUGCUGCUAGUGAAGAUCUUCAGGUGGGGGAUGUUGCAUUCUCGGUUCCAAGUUCGUUGGUUGUCACUCUAGAGCGUGUCUUGGGAAAUGAGACUAUUGCUGAGCUAUUGACUACAAAUAAAUUUUCCGAAUUGGCGUGCUUGGCCUUGUAUCUGAUGUAUGAGAAAAAACAAGGGAAGAAGUCUUUCUGGUAUCCAUACAUUAGGGAACUUGAUCGCCAACGAGGAAGGGGACAACUGGCAGUGGAAUCACCGCUUCUCUGGUCAGAAUCUGAGCUGGCAUACCUUGCAGGAAGUCCGCUAAAGGAUGAAAUUGUUCAAAGGAUUGAAGGAAUAAGAAAAGAGUAUAAUGAGCUAGACACAGUCUGGUUUAUGUCUGGUUCUCUGUUUCAGCAAUACCCGUAUGACAUUCCUACUGAGGCUUUUCCAUUUGAGAUUUUCAAACAAGCCUUCGCAGCCGUUCAGUCAUGUGUUGUGCAUUUACAGAAUGUUAGUUUAGCUCGAAGAUUUGCUCUGGUUCCCCUGGGACCUCCUUUGUUGGCGUACUGUAGCAACUGCAAGGCAAUGUUAGCUUCUGUUGAUGGUUCUGUUCAGCUUGUGGUUGAUCGCCCCUAUAAAGCUGGGGACCCAAUUGUUGUCUGGUGUGGCCCACAGCCUAACUCAAAGUUACUUACAAACUAUGGCUUUGUUGAUGAAGACAAUUCCAAUGAUCGUCUCAUAAUUGAGGCGGCUUUGAAUACUGAAGAUCCACAAUAUCAAGAUAAAAGAAUGGUUGCACAAAGAAAUGGGAAGUUAUCAAUUCAAACUUUUCAGGUGUAUGCUGGGAAGGAAAGGGAAGCUGUCUCAGAUAUGAUUCCUUAUCUGCGUUUAGGCUAUGUUUCAGAUCCUUCUGAGAUGCAAUAUGUCAUGUCCUCUCAAGGUCCAGUUUGUCCCGUGAGCCCUUGUAUGGAACGGGCUGUGCUAGACCAGCUUGCUGAUUAUUUCAAGACUCGGCUGGCUGGCUACCCUACUACCUUGGCUGAAGACGAAUCUAUGUUGACAGAUGCUAGUUUGAAUCCAAAGAGGCGAGUUGCUACUCAACUUGUUCGGCUAGAAAAGAAAAUGCUCCAUGCAUGUUUGCAGGCAACCAUGGAUUUCAUAAACCAGCUACCAGACCACAGUGUAUCGCCAUGCCCUGCUCCCUAUGGACCUCUAUUAAAAUGAAAGGAUCUGGAUAAUCUGUGCAAUACAAUAUGGAUCAAAAGAACCAAAUAACCAUGAUUGGUGUACGGUGUACCUAAAGGCUAGAACAAUGAUGCCAGAGUUUUAAAGUCCAGAUAAAUGAGGUUGGUUGGAGUAUUUUCUGCACGCCCCUUCAAGUAGGUGUUACAAAAUGACUAAAUCCCCUUUGGUAGAAGAACAUCAGUGCAGCACUUUUUUCUCCCAAAAAAUGUGUUACUGUGAUUUCACAGAUGAUUCUAAAUUUGAGUGUUGGAACGAUAUUAAUCUUUGUAAAUGGAAAUCUGUAUCUCAAAUUGUAAUUCAUUUGUGUAUAUAUUUGUAUGCAGUUUUCAGGAUUAUAUUUGAUCCCCUUUUUACUUUCUGUAUUGUUAUGAUGAUGUCAAAUGUCAAGAAAGGUUUUGUUUGCUGAA